GUGUACAUCUCUGCGUCGUCCAUUAUUUGCAAAUCCUACAUAUUGUUAACAAAGGUACAGAUUCAGAACUUUGGUGUUGAUCCGAUCCAUACAAACAAUUUACAUCACCAGAGGGGCGCUGUAGAAAAUAAACGUGGCUAAAACCACUAUUUAACACUACAUAUCCCACAAUUCAAUAUCACUCUUUGACCUUGCCGGGAAGCAUGGUUAUCUUAUGUUUAACGACAUUACAAAAAAAAUAUUAGAUCAAAUUAUGCGGACCUUAUCUAAUAAUCUUACACUUUUGCAUUAUUGAAGCAAGAUGCUUAUGCAGAAAUGUAUUCAACUGUGCGUCUCAUGCGCUUCACUCGUCUCGGCACAGCACAUUCACAUUAGAAGAUGGAAAGACCUAGCAAGAGGCUCUGUCUUAUCAUCAAUACGUUACUGUCACAACAAUUUUGGAGAUUUAUAUCGAAAUGAGUCUGUACAAAGAUAUCUUCGGCAACUCGUGGACGAGUACAGGGUUGUCACCAAGACAUUACAACAUGGGUUUCUCAGCGACACUGAAAGAAAAAGGUUGAACAAGAGACAAGUAGAACUUUCACCAGUUGCUAAUGCGUUUCAGAGCGCAGAACAUGCAUUAAAAGACAUUGAGGAGGUCCAGUCUCUGCUUCAGGUUGGUUCCAAAGAAGAAGACCGAGAAAUGGUCAAGUUACUCAAAGAGGAACAUGCAAAGAUCGCCCAAAGAAUCGAGUCACUGAGAAAAGAUUUGAUCAAAACACUGGUACCAAGUGACCCAGAUGACAUCAGUAAUGCCUUCUUGGAAGUGGUAGCUGGACGGACAACCGGUGGUGACAUCUGCCAACAGUUCACCAGAGAGAUGUUUGACAUGUACCAAGGCCUUGCAACCUACAAGUGCUGGGACUUUGAGGUGUUCAACUACACGCCUGCUGAAUACGGCUUGCACCAUGCAGCGGUGAGGAUAGUGGGGGAGGGUGCGUACCGCAGGCUGAAGCACGAGGGAGGGACGCACAGGGUUCAGAGGAUCCCAGAGGUGGGCCUGUCCUCCAGGAUGCAACGCAUUCACACGGGAACCAUGACCGUCAUAGUCCUGCCAGAACCCACCAAGCUGGACAUAAACAUUGACCCAAAGGACCUGCGGGUGGACACGUUCAGGUCGAGAGGUGCAGGGGGGCAAAGUGUCAACACGACUGACAGUGCUGUCAGAAUAGUACAUCUGCCAACUGGCACAGUGGCGGAAUGUCAGACGUCCCGCUCUCAGCUGCAGAAUAGAGACACGGCCUUGCGCGUCCUGAAGGCCAGACUCCACCAGAGCAUGAUGGGUCGGGAGACAGAGCAGAGACACACGGCGCGCAAACAGCAGGUGGGCACCCGCUCCCAGUCGGAGAGGAUUCGGACCUACAACUUCAACCAAGACCGUGUGACAGACCACCGGACUGGCUAUGUGACCAGAGACAUCAAGGAGUUCAUGAGAGGCGGGGAGCCUCUGGAUGAACUUAUCUCUGAGCUGGUGGAACACGGGGAGAAGGAGGCGCUUCUGGAGCUGGUGGAGACCUGCGGUCAGAGCUCCUCUGAGCCUGGUAGGGCACAGGAGUAGAGCCGGGAAACUCAAGUUGCCAGUGCAAAUCCUAAGUAUUAGGUUUAAAAACUAGCUAAUGUGACCCAGCUCUGUCUCACUGACAGGAGAACUGUCAGUCACAUUGGGGCUGUCAGAGCCAAUAUGGAAGCUGAGACUUGAACAUUGAUCCUGGAACACUUUUAGAGGAAUGGUGAGUGGGGAUCAGAGAGUAUGGCUGUAGAAAAUGUCGUCCUACCAUUAUAAUGAAGACAUGCAAAAUUAGUGAAAACAGUCUUUGCUCCGAGUGGGUGUGUUAGAGCUUUAUAUCAUCCCCACACACUCUGUAAUCUCUAACCCCCAGGGUUUGUGGCAGCUAGCCAGCCAACCACACCAUCAAUAUCUCUAAACUGCAUAGCAAUGAGUGUGCAUUGGCACAAAUUAAUGGUUAAUUUACCUUCAAGGCUUUUGCUACCCCUGUGAAGUAUUUGAGUUGCUGUCAGAAGUCUGUGAAAUAAAUGUUGAUA